AUGAAUGCCCAGGGAGGGCACCAUUUAAACCAGGCUGCUGUCCUGUCCCUUUUGGGUGCUGCCCGUUUGUCCCAACUGGCCCUUGGCUGCACUGUCAUCUCCCUGGUAACCCACAGCGCGGGCUACAGUGCCACUUACGGUACCUUCUGCAUGACAGUAUGGUGCUCUUGCUUCGCCAUCUCGUCGGCUAUCUUUGCCCUGGAUGUAACUCGUCUGCACACCUGCCUACCAAUCUCUUGGGAAAACCUGACAGUUACCUUUGCUGCACUGGCAACGCUCCUCUAUGUAACGGCCUCCAUUGUUUAUCCUGUUUAUUUUGUUCGUCCGGAGUGCCCCUAUAAUAAUUGCGAGGUGCGGAACUUUCGCAUCGCCGUAACAUGCUGCUCUUGGGCGGGAUGCUUCGCCUACGGAGCUGAGGUGUUUCUUUCGAGAGCCAGACCAGGAAAAGUGGUGGGAUAUAUGGCCACAGUAUCUGGCCUUUUGAAGGUGGUCCAAAGUUUUCUGGGUUGCGUGAUUUUCGGGACUCUUGCUAACGGGAGCGAGUUCUCGCGUCACGUCCCAACUAUCUACUGUGUGGUGGUGUUCUCUGUCUGCUUUGCCGUGACCGUGUUUGUGGUGGUAUUGACCGUGUCUGGUCGCACCGCUGUCCUGAGGCUGCCCUUCGACCGUUUUGUGGUGGUGUACACGUUUGUGGCAGUACUGCUGUAUUUAAGCGCUGCCGUGGUGUGGCCUGUGUACUGUUUUGACAGAAAGUAUGGCACACCUCAUCGUCCCGCGGGAUGCCCGAGGGGAAAGUGCCCGUGGGACAGCAAACUCAUUGUAACUGUGUUAAGCUAUGCUAACCUAGCUUUGUACAUUGCAGAUCUCAUCUAUUCGCAGAGAAUACGCUUUGUAUCACAGCAUCCCCGAGUGUAG